CUGCUCUCUCUCUCUCUCUCUCUCUCCUCAGUAUAUAUGUUUGGAAAAGUCUACGCAAACCCCUUUAACAAAAUCUCAUCCUGCUUAACCAGAAAGAUCCCCUGAGGAGAGAGAGAGAGAGAGAGAGAGAGAGAGAGAGAGAGGUGAAUAUGGCAGGUUUACAAAGAUCGGCAGUUUCGUUCAGGAGGCAAGGCUCGUCGGGAUUGGUAUGGGACGACAAGCUGCUCUCAGGUGAAUUGAACCAGACGAAGCCAAAGGAUCAAGAUGAGCAGGAAGGCCCUCAUCGGAAAAUGGAAGCCAAGCCUUCCAGAACCACGGGAUCAACCAACACGAUUGAUCGCAGCCGAUCCGGACGCGCGUUCCACGGCGGUAAGGUCUCGCCGGCGAUAGAGCCGCCUUCUCCGAAAUUCUCGGCGUGCGGCUGCUGCACCGCCUUCGGGAAACCGGCGGCCAGAGCUCGUCCAGCGAAGGCCGGAAAGCGUAGAUCAUAAUAGUAUUUCCCGGCGGCGAAGGCGGCGGUCUCCCGGAACGGCGGAUGGUAUGAGGAUUGGGCGGAGACGUGUGUUAGGUAGCUGCUAGCUUUGCUUUUGUUUUUGGUAGUAUUUGAUAUAAAUAGAAAUGGGUUGGUAGAGGGAGGUUUAGUUUCAUCUCAAAAACAAAAAAUAAGAGUGAGAUGUAAGAUUUUUUAAACAAUUAAAUUAGAAAUUAGAAUUACUAAAAA